CGCGUGUGUGUGUGUGUGUGUGUGUGUGUGUGUGAGUUCAUUCAUGUUUACAUUUACAGGUUACGACCCGAACACACAACGGCGACACUACACAGGUCUGCUGCGGUCCGUGGUACCGGUCGGGAAUAAGAGGACACACCUGUAUGAACGUCUCCAGACGGUGCACGAGGCUGAGAUGUGGCUCAUCGGUUUGUCUGCUGAGGAGUGUGACAGCGUCUUAAAGGCGUCCUGAGACAAAGAUUCGUUCAUCGAAGACGUGUGUGUGUGUGUGUGUGUGUGGAGGCAGUGGGACGGUCGGGCACAGCAUCUUCCAACACCGGCGUCCUCACAAAUGUAGGCUUAACAGUGCAGGAUGGGUCUACCUGUGGACAGCCCAGACAGAAACGAUGAUGCACAUAAAUAUGAGCAGCAUGGAGAGGACCGGGAGGAGGAGGAGGAGGGGGAUGGAGGUGAAAGCCAAACCGAAGCCUCCACCCGGCCCCUGCUGCUGCCCAUCAACAAGAAGAAGAGGAAGAACAAGAAGAGACUGUGGAUCAACCUCACCAACUGCAAAUACGAGAGCGUGCGGCGUGCUGCUCGUAGAUACGGCCUCAGGGAGGCGGCGGAGGGUGAAGACUGGACGCUGUUCUGGACGGACUGCUCCGUGUCUUUAGACCGCGUUAAGGACAUGAAGCGUUACCAGAAAAUCAACCAUUUCCCCGGGAUGAGCGAGAUCUGCCGCAAAGAUUUACUGGCACGAAACAUGAACCGCAUGCUCAAGCUCUUUCCCAAAGACUACAACAUCUUCCCCAGAACGUGGUGCCUCCCCGCAGAUUACAGUGACUUCCAAGCGUACACCAGGGCCAAAAAAAACAAGACGUACAUCUGUAAGCCAGAUACCGGUUGCCAAGGCAAAGGCAUCUUCAUCACCAAGUCGACUAAAGACAUCCAGGCUGAACACAUGAUCUGCCAGGUUUACAUCUCCAGGCCUUUCAUCAUCGACGGAUACAAGUUCGACCUGCGUAUCUACGUGCUGGUCACGUCGUGUGACCCACUCAGCAUAUUCAUGUUCAAGGAGGGACUGGCUCGCUUCUGCACCACCAAGUACAACGAGCCGACGCACAACAACGUGGAAGACGUGUGCAUGCAUCUCACAAACUACUCCAUCAACAAGAACAGCGAGAACUUUGUCCGUGACGAAGACACUGGCAGCAAACGAAAGCUGUCCACGCUGAACAAGCUGCUGGAGUCCAUCAGCUGUAACACAGACAAGAUGUGGAACGACAUCGAGGACAUGAUCAUAAAGACUCUGAUCUCCGCUCACCCCAUCCUCAAGCAUAAUUACCACACCUGCUUCCCCAACCACACCACCGGCAGCGCCUGCUUCGAGAUCCUGGGCUUCGACGUGCUGCUGGAUCACCGGCUCAGACCCUGGGUGCUGGAGGUGAAUCACUCCCCCAGUUUUACCACCGACUCGCCGCUGGACCGCGAGGUGAAGGACGCGUUACUGUACGACACCCUGGUUCUCAUCAACUUGGGCGCAUGCGACCGCCGCAAGAUCCUCAAAGAGGAGAGACGCAGGGUGAAGGACAGGCUGCAGCAGAACAGCUCCAGAGAGGCCAGGUCGGAGGAGCUGCGUCAGUGCCAGGCAGCCACGGUGGAGCAGAUGGAGAGGUACGAAGCCAAACACCUGGGAGGCUUCAAGAGGAUCUACCCCAGAGAGGGGGGAGAGAAAUACGACAAGUACUUUAAACACAGCAGCUCGCUCUUCCAGGAGACCGCAGCAUCCAAGGCCAGAGAGGAGUGUGCCAGGCAACAGCUGCAGGAGCUCCGUCUGAAGAAGGAGCAGGAGAGGGAGCAGAGGGGAGGCCGGAGGAGAGAGCUGCAGGGGGAGACGGCGGGGGAGAGAGUCAAACCCCGGCGAGCUCAAACACAAGACCCCGACUCAAACAGAGACCAGGAGCAGGAGCAGGAGCAGGAGCCGCCGCCUCCGUCCGGUGUGUCUGUGGAUCCCGAAGCUGCAGAGAUCAGAGAGGAGAGGCAGCAGCACGAGGAGGAGGCUGUUGACGACGAGGAGGAGGAGAAGCAGCAGGAGAUGGAGGAGCAGGAGCGAGUCGAGGCGCUCCUCCAGAGGAAGAAACUGCUGCUGGACCUCGGGGUGGUGGAUCAGAUCCACCAGCUGCUGCACGGCCGGACAGAAGGAGGGGGAGUCCUGCAGGACGGCAAGGACGCCUGCACCCAGAAGCAGACGCAUCAGAGGCAGCAGCAGGUGAAGAUGGACUCUGUGGCUCAGUUUCCCCAGAGGACGAAGCAGCAGCCCUGCACACAGAUGUCACGACAGCACGCGACCCAGCAGCGUCUGCUCAGGCCCACGAUGGACCAGAGGAACCUGAACGAGUCUGAGCACAAGAGCCACAACAGAGUGGAGGAGAUCCGGAGGGCCAUCAGCGCCCAGCGCAUCCACUGGCCAGCCGUCAGGCAGGACACCACGAGCAGCUCCUACUACACCGACGCCCGGGCCCGUCCCAGCAUCCCCAUCAUAAACCACGUCCCCCACAGAGGCCUACGCUGCAGCGCCUACAUGCCCCGUGACCCCGAAGCCCUGCAGAGCCUCCUCGUCAUCUCCACCCGCGCCCCCAUGGUCAGGAGGCCUGGCUUCUCUCACAUCGUCCGCAACUCCUCCCGCAGAGCCCCCCAGCACGGUAAAGGCCAGUGAGGAGCCCGAGAGGCUGCCGGCUGGAUCCAAACGACUGUUUUAAAAAGGAGAAGUGGAGCGGCGUCAAACUGUGAAAAUAAACCGACUGUGCCUGCGAUGAAUAUCUCAUGUUUGUAGAUAGAUUUUAUAUCCGGACACCUGCAGUUCACGCUGCUCGCCAUGAUAUCAUAAACCUCAGCGCCUCUCUGAGCACUGCACAACAACAACAACAACAUCAAGGCCUUUCCACUUGUUCUGCCUCCAGUGUGAGCUCACACACACAGUGCCAAAAUAAAAGCCUGAUCCAACAAACC